AUGGGAAGUCGUAAUCCUUCCAAACGGAGCCUUACAACACUUGAUGAUUCGAUCCUGAAAGAAAUUACCGUGGGAAGUGUGAAAAACUGUCUCUUAAGUCAAGAUGUUUCCGUUGUUUUUCUGGCUGUUCACCACCAAAACGUCACCGCUAUUCUGUCUCCGCUCAGAUCGCUUCUAAGUGACAAAAUAUUGGUAGAUAGCUCCAACCGGACCGAAUUAUGCCAUACCGGAUCCAACGCUGAGGAAUUAGCCAGUCAUUUCCCUGAAGCCCGAAUCGUCAAAGGAUUGAACACAUUGUCCGCCGAAAUUCUACACAGUGAUACGAUAGUCGAAGCCUUUCGGCGUGUGCACCUAGCCGCUGACGAUGUCUCAGCGCGGGAAAUAGUGGCCUCUAUUGUACGGGAUAUGGGCUUUUGUCCUGUUUAUAGUGGAGGUCUCCAAGCGUCCCGACGUUUAGAAUCUUAUCCAUUAGAGCUACUAUCUGGUUGGGGUCGACCGACUGUUAUUUCGUUUGGUGUCUUGCUUGUCUGGCUUGGUAUUAUGGUAAUUAAAUACAGCGUCAAAUACUCAAAGGCUACUUAUUCUUUCCCAUGGAAGAGGGUGCCGCUAACUCUUCUGAAUUUACUUAUAUGUCUCACAGCAAUAACCCUACUUGCAAUAACAUACCUACCUGGCUGUAUAGCGGCUUUUAUACAGUUGUAUCAUGGAACGAAAUAUAGAUUGUUCCCUUGUUGGCUUGAUCUGUGGCUAAGGUGUCGAAAAAUGCUCGGUCUUUUUGCCUUUUUAUUCAGUAUCUGGCAUGCUGGUAUGUCGAUCGUUUUUAUAUCUCCAGGUUCAAUGAAGUGGUGGUACGAACCGUCAGCUAAUUGGGAACCAAAUCAAACGAACGCAAAGACCACGUACAGGCUUAAUGCUAUCGGAGAAUCUGCAGUCAGUUUAGGUUUAAUGUCUCUGUUGCUCCUAAGCCUUAUUGCAAUUUCUUCACUGCCUUCUGUGAGUGCCGUUCUUAACUGGCGCGAAUGGCGUCUUGUACAAAGCCAGAUGGGAUACACGGCACUACUUCUGGCCGUCGCGCACGUUUUCGUCAUGUCCUUCCGCGGUUGGCUGAAGCACCCGUCGAGUUUCUUUUACUGGAACUCAUUCCUCUGCUGUGCCCUUCCUUGCCUCGUGCUUGCGAUGAAACUUUUCUUGACAAUCCCUUGCGUCAGUCGAAUGGUUUUUCGAAUUCGAAAUGGCCAGGAAAGAAGGCCAUUUGCAAAACAAGGACAGGAAAGAAAAAGUAUGGAAAUCCAGUUAUUAGAAAUCGAUUCGGUUUGA